AUGCCGUCAUACUUGGUUAUUUUCUGCUUUAUACUUCUGGGGAAUUUAACGCCGGGGCGUUCCGCACCUGUGACAAAUUCGAAAAACGAGGGACUUAAUCCGGAGUUGCACGAACUCUUUUAUCCUUACGACGAAGAGAGGGUCGAACCACCUAAUAGGAAGGUGCCUUCGACCGACUCGCCGUCAAAUGGCGUUGAAGAAAAUGGCAACUUCGGAUACCGAGAGUUUCCUUGCGGUGGUGGCGCUUUCUUUUUCUCAGCGGACUCUGGGCAAGCAAGACCAGAAUCAGAGCACGAUGAAAACCAACGUGAUGAGCAAGGUGAAGACGUCGAGGUUCAGCAACCUGAUGAAGUGAUAAGCGAAUUUGAUAGAAGACGUAGACGUCCCAUAGGUCUUCCGUGGGGAAGAUGGAAGCCAUAUGGAGGACACGGUAGAAGGUGGCCGGGACUCUGGGAUUAUUUGUUUGGACCGAGUGUUUGA